AUGAAAGAAAUUUCUCUGCGACGAACAGAACGCGACGAAUUGUACGGUCACCGUGAAUGUGUACCUCGUGGCAGUCAAACUCAUCCUCGCCCAAUAGGAGAAUUCAAAUCACCAACACAACCUAUUGAGUCAAAAGAAUGUCUUGGACAAUUCUCACGUUAUUUGAAACUAAUAUUAGGUGUACAAAAUCGUAAAAAAGUAUAUAGUUUUAUAACAAAUAUUGAAUAUAUAAAAUUUUAUUAUGCUGUAAAAGACUCAAAUUCGAUUACUUUUUAUCAAAGUGAAAAGCUACAAAUGAUGCAUAAUUUACCUAAUGAAUCAUCAUCAUCAUCUAAUAAUAAAAGAAAAAAAUGUAUUCAACCAACAGAAAAAUGUUUUAAUGAAGAAACAUUAAAAAUAUUUCUAAAACUUUUAACAAUGAAAAGCGAUUUUUAUGAAUAUACAAUGUUAAACAUAAAUCCUAAUGAUUAUUUAUAUGGUGAUAGAUAUAAUAUAAAAUUAAGAUAUGGAAACGGUUUAACUUCAAUAGUUUAUGCAUUAACAAAAAAUGAAAAUACUCAAUUUAAAGAUGAUAAACAUGGUUAUAUAAUAAAAAUUUGUAAAGAAGAUUCAUAUUUAGAAUAUUUUAUAAAUGAAAUUAAAAUAUUACAAAAUUUAAAAAAAUUAGAUUCAAAUAAAUUUAAUUCAUUUUUUGUAAAUAUUUGGAAUUCAUCAUCUACUGGUAAGUUUAUUAUAUUUGAAAGUUCUUUAACAAAAUUGGAAUCAUUAACAUUAAGUCAGUCAAAAGAACUUAUUGAUAUAGUUAAAUAUUUAUAUGAUUGUUGUGCCGAUAUUGAUGGCACGCUUCGAUGA